AUGUCUUUCACGGCCCUUGUUCAAAAACGGCUUCUACUUUCAGAUGAAGCCUCCACUUCCACCCCAGACCAAGUAGACGCAAGCCUCUCUGUCGACAGCCAGGCCUCGCUAGUGGCACUGGCUACGCAACACGAUCUCUGGCUCUUCAGUGGCGGCGUGGCUAGAAAUCCGUCAGGCUUAGUGGUCAGGGUUGCGCGGGGAGCCACGAAUACGGUAAACGUUUCUCGGCUGGCUGUGCCGCUCGGAAAGGGUCCUGCUCAGGAUCCGGACGAUGCUUCGACUGCCGCAGGCUGGCUCCCUGGGCAAAAGGUUGCUGCAAAACAUUUGUUGCGGGGCAAUGGCGUGGAAUUUUCCAAGAAGUUGGGCUCAAUGGCAAAAGAGAUACGCAUCCUUGGACAACAGAAGCUCCGUCGUCACGACAACCUUGUCAACUUGAUUGGCAUUGAUUGGGAAGGGACACACACGGAUGAUCCGGAAAGCAAGACUCGAUGGCCUCUCCUAUUGAUGGAGUAUGCUGACUGUGGUUCGCUUACCGAUUUCUUUACCCUCGAUAUCGAUCUCAACUGGAACAUCAUGCGUGAUAUCGCAUAUGAUGUCGCAUCAGGUCUAGAGGCCUUGGAUGACGCUGGUGUGACACAUGGGGACCUUACCUUCUCCAAUGUCUUGAUAUUUCGAAUGGGAGAAAACACCUUUCAAGCGAAAUUGUGCGAUUUCGGCUUCGCAAUGAUUAACACGGACUAUGAUGAUUACGCCGUCCGACAACCAGGAUUCACCCCUCCUUGGGACGCACCAGAAUCUUCUCAAAGCAUUGACCUAGACAACUUGUACAAGGUCGAUAUCUACGGCUACGGCCUCCUCGUCUCGCGAGUGUUCCUCCACGGCGGAGAUCCAUUUGAAUUCAGAUAUCAAUCUGACCGAGUUCGCGAAGGGAACUCUAAAGCCGCCUGCAUCAAAAUUUGGAAGACUACUGACAUUGUCGUCGACAUUGCGAAGGAUGCGGUCCGGCGUUACCCAGGUCUAGAGUAUGCAAGGGAUCAACUCAGGGUCCUAGAAGACAUUUUUGAUCUCACCCUCAGGACUGAUCCUGAACUCCGUGCUAAGGAAUAUGCAGAGAUCAAGAUAUUGCUGAAACCAGAGCUCGCAGAUGAAUACUCACGCCAAAGGGCGACACCAGAUCCCGAUAUUCAGGCAGUUGCUGCUGCCGCCGCAUAUCAGCUAGCACUCUUUUACAUUCAGGGUCUGGGUUGCGACGCGUCUUAUUCUGAAGCGUUUAAGUGGCUCGACUUCAGUGCUCGCACCGGCAAUCCCAGGGCGGGACGAGAUUUAUAUCGCCUCUCUGCAGCAAUGGGUAUUCCAAUUCCCGCGGACUUAAUGGAAAUGGUGCGAGAAUGGACUUUGAGCAACGCGAUCAUAGGAAUGGAGCAAUCUUGCGAAGACCUUCUGGUCCUGGACGCAGAACUGGCUUCGUCAGUAGAUCAGCAAGCUCGAAAAAUCUAUGGAGGGCUGGGCAUUGACAUCUUUACACCAGAAAUCCGGGAGUCAUAUUGCCUAGACGAUCCAGAGAUGUUCGUCUCUCUCAUUAAUUCGGCGAAUGAGUUGAUCCCCUUCAAAGACAUCGAUGGAGAAGGGCUGACCUGGCUGCACUACGGAGCAAGCCUUGGUUCUUUGGAAGUAGUGGAACGCUUGAUGGAAAUGUCGUUGGACGAUAUUAACUGCACGACAAGUAGCGGUUCUUGGACACCUCUCUGGAUGUCUUGUGCGGCGGGAAAUACGGAUGUGGUCCUAUUUCUACUCAGAAAUGGGGCAGACCCCCGGAUGCCGUCUGCGACUGGUCAGACAUGUCUCCAUCACCUUCAAGCCUUCCCGCAUGGCGAUAUCGAGAAGAUUGCUACCGCACUAUUAAAAGCAGAGGCAGACAUUGAAGCAAAAGAUCAUGACCAACACAACACGCCGCUUCAUUAUGCUUGUCUCCGAGCCAGAGGACCUGCGGACACCGUUGCGAUCCAAGUUUUGCUCAGAUACGGGGCGGACCCUUGUAGUGUUGCACGCGACGGUCGUUCGCCCAUCGACAUUGCCGCAAUGCGUUUACGUCCUGAUCUUCUCCACGCUCUGCUGCAGUCACCCAAAUUCUCUGGAGCAGAAGGUGCUUUACGCAAAUCCCAGAUCAACGCUCAGGCCUUAAGCGCAUUGAUCAUGCAACUAAAAGCGCAGCGUCUCCGUUACGGAGGAUUACAAUUUGAAGACCACUUGCAGAAAGUCUUAAACAUCCUUAUUUCAACACCAACGCUGGCAGCGUACGUCAAAGCACACGCGAGAGGACAUCACCCGCUCCAAGACGCUUGCCUCUGGGGCUCGGCAGAUAUGAUCGAACCUCUACUUUCCCAUCUUGAUAUUGAGGUUAACCCAGCAUUUCGUGAAGGCCAUUCUUACAGAGUCGGUAUGGUACCCCUAUUUGACGCCAUUCGGACAAGGGAUAUGACCCUCUUCAGAGCCUUUUUGUCUGCUGGUGCGGAUAUAACGGCAAGGGACGAACAGAACAGAAAUGUCCUCCAUAUUGUCGCAGAGUUCAUGCCUAGCCUCACCGAGGAGACCAUCACACGGCUGAGUGACCUCGGAAGCGACCUGAGCGAUCUAGUCAAUUCGGGCGCCACGGAUACUGGCUUCACACCCUUCGAUAUGGCUGUGCAGAGCGAACAUUUUGACUGCGCCCGCGUUUUGUUCAAAUACGGCGCAAAAUAUGACAACUUCACUCGCCCGGGCAUGGCCGGCGAGUUCUACAAUAGUUUCCAAUACGCGGCUGGUUCACAAACACAGUUGAGCUUCCUCCUUUGCUUGGAGGGAACUCCAAAAAAUCAUAGUCUGGUAGUCUGUGACAACGGGUUCACUUUAUUUCACUUGGCAGCGGCUAGUUUUGACAAUGGUAAGUAA